AUGACGCAUUUGACGAUCAAAUACGUGAUCUUUUUCACAGUUUUUGCUGCUUUUGAUGUAGCUAUAGCAGCAAAGAAAAAGGAAAUUCAGAAAGCAGCAGGGCAACUCCUUGAGAAAGAGGGUCAGAAGUACGAUGAAAGGACCUGCAAGUCAACAUACUUCCCUAACAUCCAACGGUUGCACCAUUCAAACAAGGUAGAUCAAGCCAUUGGAUGUCUUCUAAAAUCUUUGUUGACUACUAACUCAAAUGCAUGGAAUUGGUCAUAUCUUGGCAGUCUAUAUUCAGAGAAAGGAGAGAAAGCUAAGGCUACAACCUGUUUUAAACAAGCAGCAAAGCUUUCAGGAAAAGUUAGCCAAUUUGUAAACCAAUGGUAUUUUAUUGGUCCUUUCAUGAUUGGGAAGUCUGAAGUGGAUGGAGAUCCCAUCGAAUCCUGGGGAGGUAUUGUGAAUGUGUCGAGGCACAGACAUGAGAAAAAGGCUGCGUUUUACUCUGAACUUGUGGCCGGUGGAGUGGUGAAAUGGCAGACGUAUUCUCAGACAAAAGCUGGCGAGAGAGUUCAAAUUGCGCCCGAUGUCAACUGGAAUGAAUUGAUUUCAUCCCUUGGAUCAUUAGCCAUUACAGAAUGGCAGGGCUGGGUGGUCGGAGAGUUUGCUGUCAAUGCUAAAGGGGAUGUUUCCAUUCAAUGUUUAGGUGUACAUACUUUCUUUGUAGAUGGAAUAUUUGUUGCAGCUGAUGUGUAUAGAAGGGAUGAGUUUUGGUUUACACUCUCUCUAGACCCUGGUAUUCAUACCAUCUACAUUCGUCUCAGAGCUAAAGGUUCACAGGUCUUCAGUUGUAACAUUAAAGCUGCUGAUGGUGAACCUUUUAUGGUGCACCCAGCUGUGAUGGUACCAGAUAUUGUUGAGGACACCUUGAUGGGAGAUGUGUUUGCCAUUCCUCUCACCAAUCUUCAGGGAAGCAAAUGGCUCAAAAAUUUGAGAGUUAGCUUAGCUGAACCAACUGAAGAACUCUCAGUUUCGCUAGCCAGGGAGCGAGGUCUGAUGAACGUAGCCCCAGGGCAGACCAUCCCAAUCAUCCUCCGUCUUAGUCUGAACGACAACCAAGAUGUUCCUGAAGUCACUGAGGACACCUGCAAAGACAUCAGCUUAAAGGUGAAAGUAUCUGCUGCAUCAGUGAAAGAGGCCCAGAUAUUACCAGUCAAAAUCAGAUGUAGGAAGAGACAUGAGUCCUUCCUCUUCUCAUUUCUAGAUCAUGACGGCUCGGUUCAACAAGCUGCUGCUAUUGAGCCAUUGAUAAACUGCCCUCUAGGUCAAUGUCCUGUAUUGCUGACAUUACAUGGCACAGGUGUGGAAGCCCAGAAUCAAGCCGACGGCUACAAGAGGAUGGAAGGCGAGAGUUGGCUCUUUGGUCUUGAGAAGGCUUGGGUUCUUGCUCCAACUAGGCAUGGAGCUCACAACUGGGAAGGCCCUGGCACUUUGACUUCCAUCACAGCACUUGAAAGUUUGCAUCAGCUCAUGUCAGAGGUUACAUGGAUGCCCAACAAGCCUAUGACUGACCUGGUCAUCUUUGCUGGACACUCCAUGGGGGGUCAUGGGGCGUGGCAUCUGGCCACCCAUUAUCCUGACAGAGCUCUAGCAGUGGUCUCGCUAGCAGGGUGGAUCAAGAAGGAAGAGUAUGGCGAUAGCAAUGUUUUCUUCAGGCAUGACAUCAGUACUAGCCACACGGACCCAGCGACCAAACAAGUUUUAGAGGCUUGUAUAGCUGAAAAUGAUGCAGACAGACAUGUUUCUAACCUUCAGGGUUUACCGGUCCUGACAAGAAUUGGUGCUAAUGACAGGACUGUUCAUCCCUUCUUUGUAAGGCGUAUGAACCGUCUACUGAAGGAGCGAGGAAUCAAUGUAACAUACAGCGAGCUUGCUGGAAAGGAACAUUGGUGGUGGGACACAUGGAAAACUAACGAUGGAGGAGCUGUGAACGACCCCAAACUUAGAGACUUCACCAAUGCACAUGCCAUACUUCCACCAUCCCUAUCGCACACUGCUACUUCAGAAUGCAAUGUUGGAGAGGGAGAGGGAAGAUGUACCCCAUCCUCUUCCGAGAACAAGUAUUCUCAGUCUGCCAGUGGAUCAGGGGAAGGGGGAGAGAGGGUCACGCUGACUGUGGUGAACCCCGCCCUAGGGGAAGGUCUGAGAGGGGCGAGGGUUAUACAGCAGCUGGUUCCAUUUAGAACAAGUACCAUUAAGAUGGUACUCUCAAAUGAUAAAGCUGAGCUCUCUACAAGAAAUGUGGCUCGAUUUUCAAUCACAGCCCUUCGUCAUAUAUCUUACAACUGGAGGAACAUCAAUUUAUUACAGAUUGAUGGCAUUCUUUUGGACUCGGAAAAGGAGAGUGGAUCAAUCGUGAAAGAAAAUUCUACACAUUUUUGCAAAACAGACACAGGUUCAUGGCAGAUUUGUGCCAGUGCUGUUUUGAAGGAUGGUGAAAGAGAUUCUGAUACGUAUGGACCUGCAAGAAGGGUAGCAGAGAGAAAGUUUCUGAUUGUCACAGGUACUAUGAAUGAAGAGACCAGUGCUACCUUACUUCAUCUUGCCGUCUACCUGGCAAACCUUUUCCUCUUGACCUCUGACACUGUUGCCACGGUGAUCGAAGAUGCCACCCUGACAGUCGAGAUGGCAGCCCCGCACAAUCUCAUUAUUAUUGGUGGGCCAGGAGACAAUGGGUGGGCGCAGCGAUUUGUGGAUCGAGUACCACUGGGUAUCAAUGAAAAUGGGCUAUCCUUGGGGUGGUGCCACUUUUCAGACCCACAGACAGGUGCCCUCUUCCUUGCCCCUCAUAGAGAAGGGUCACUUGCCCUGGUACUGAUGGGCAACUCAUUACAAGGUUUAGAAGACAUCAUGAGACUAGCCAGCCCCACUAUACCUCCCAUGACAAGAUCACCUUUUUCCAACAUGGUACCAGACUAUGUCAUCACUGGACCUGACUUCAAAGCCAAAGGACCUGGUGGCUAUGAGUGUGCUGGAUUCUGGGGCAAUAUGUGGGACUACAGACUAGAAGCUUCAUCAUGUGUGUGCUAGAUUUAGAUUGUAAGGGAAAUCUUUUUAUUAAUCUCACCUUGAAUAAUGAUAAUAAUAACAAUAUUUGGUUCUUGUAUAGCGCAUAUCACAUUAUACAACGUCUCUAUGCGCUUCCAAAGAGCUUUGGAAAUUAUUACCCUAGCUUUAGCUCCAGCAGCUGUAAACAGCGCACAGAGUAUUUCAAGGAAUAAUCCUACCAGGUACCCAUUUACCUUACUGGGGUCGAGUAAUAAUAAUACCAGUAAGAUACAAUGUGCUGUGCUUGAUAGCCCAUUGACUGCUGGAUUCUCUAGUUUCCAUAUACUUAGAGAUACAGGGGACUUCUUAUUACCAUACUAUUAUGCAAUGGGUUAAAGAAAGACCAUUUAGAGCAUACAUGCCGAUGCCUAUUUCCUCUGUCACACUAAGGCGAGGCGUCAAAAAUAUCGAUACCAGCAGGCUGCCGCCUCACGUAUUGGCGCAUCGAGGCUGCAAUUACGGUCGAAGCCUGGCUGGGGAAAUUAUUUUUCACUUAUUAGCCCAGCCGGCUUGCGCCAGGCUGGGAUCUGAGGCUCGGUUUCCAUUCGAAAGGCGGCAGCCGGCGCAUGCUUUUGAAUGCCAUUUCCUACCGCCAGCGGUAGCCGGCUGA